AUGGUUGUAUGGUACGUGACGGAACAGUGUCAGAGUAAGAGCGAGCAGACGUCGCCGUUCCGGCGCUGGACGACCGGCAGCGGCGCCGGCAGCUCAUACCGGCAACACGAUCAUCGCAACAUAUACAGUAAGCAAAUGAGCGAGGGUGGGAGUGGUGUGAGCGGUGCGAGCGGAGGAGUGGCGCGCUGGUCGCUGGGCCUGGAGCAGCUGCUGGCGGACCCCGCCGGCGCUGCUGCCUUUGCGCAUUUCCUCGCCAAGGAAUUCGCCGCAGAAAAUAUUAGGUUCUGGUGGUCGUGCGAGCAGUACUCGCGCAGCUCGGCGGCGGGCCGCGAGUCGCUUGCGGCGGAGAUCUGGGCGCGGCACCUGUGCGACGGUGCGCCCGAGCCCGUCAACGUGGACGCGGCCGCUCGGCGCGCAGCGUCCCAGCGCCUGCAGCACCGCCCACUGCCCGACGACCUGUUCCUGCAGGCACAGAAGCAGAUCUUCAACGUGAUGAAGUUCGACAGCUACCCGCGCUUCCUGCGCUCGGGCGUGCACGCCGAGUGCGCGCGCGCCGACCUGCGCGGCCUGCCGCCGCCCUACGGGGCCCCCGCGCCCGCCGCACCCCCCGCCGCAGGGGACGCCACGCCCACCAAGCUUAAGAAGUCGGCGUCUAACGCGUCGGAGAGACGCAGAAGCGGCGGAGCAUCAUUGCUCCCGUGGAAGCUACGUGGCGCUUCACGGGAACGCGCCGCCUCGCAGACCGAUCGAUCUGAACGAUCCGAAAAAUCGGAUCGAAAUGAAAGGACCGAACCGCCACCACUUGCUGACGUGGUGAAAGCUGGCACUCCGGGUGCAAAUGCAUUAUGCCGCGUGGUGUUACCAGAUGGCGCCACAUCGGUAGUAGGCGUUGAAGAGGGAGUGCCAGUGAGACGGCUAGUCGAUAGGUUAUUGCAACGUCGAAAUUUACCCGUGCUCUCUUAUGAUGUACUGCUUCGUGAUGAAGAGGGCUCGUGGCGAGCCAUCGAAGUGGGCGCGUCAUCGCUGACGCUGGCUGGGCGUGAGGCGCGCGUGGAGCGGCGCGUGGUGCUGCGGCUGGCGGUGGGCGGCCGCCUGCUGGCCGUGCGCUGCCGCGCCGCGCGCCCACUGCGCCACGUGCUGCGCCCCGUGCUGCGGCGCCGCGCGCCCGCCGCCGUGCUGCGAGCCGGCCGCCCGCUGCACCCCGACACGCCCGCGCACGAAUUAGACGGAGCUCUACUGGAGAUCGUGGAGUUGUGUGAUGGUGCAGAGGCAGUGGAGGUCAGAGAUGAUGACGCAGACUCCCUUUCCGACCUCGCCGUGAGAUUGCAGGAUGACAGUGAACAGCUGAGCGUGUCGUGUCGCAACGGCAGCGAGUGCGGCAGUGUGGCGGGGGUCGGCAGCGGCGCGGGCAGCAACAGCAGCGUGAGCACGGCGAGCAGCGGCAGCGCGGGGGCUGCAGGGGCUCCCGCGGGAGGCGCGGCGGGGGGCGCGGGGGAGCGAGGCGGGGCGGGUGCGCGCUGCGCUGCGUGCGGGUCCGCCGCUGCACCACCACCCCCCGGAGUUCCUGGAGAGCCUGCGCGAGAAGCAGCGUCAGCGCCACGCGCCGCGCACGCCGCCGCCGCUGCCGCCCAAGCCGGCUCCCCGCGCUGCGCCCACCCUCGUCUGAGUAAAACGAACCUUGCGCUAUUGGAAUACAGCUCAAAAUCGAAUCACAGCCAUCGGGGACAUAAGACCUUACAGCUGUUCUCUGUUGCCCGUUGCUAUAAAGUUCAAUAUUCGGUACGAGUUGGUGGUGUUAACGCGGAUCGGGGUGUAAUGUCACUUCAAUGUGUAAAUGACAAGUGA